AGGGCCAGGUAGCCCUUCAAACGAAGAUUUUUCGGGAGCACACUUCAGACGAAGGGUUAUAAUAAAUUUCCAACAUGGCCGAAUGAGCGAACAGAGAGACCCAUAAAUGUAAGUAUUUUUUGACAUUAAAACGUAUUUUAAUAACAAAUAAUCACUUGUUUUAUGUUGCCUUUAAUCUUGUGUUCAUGUAUACGGUUAUGUUCUUAUGUUCUUCAUGCUGAAAACGAGCAGCGCUUCUUGCGAUCGAAAUACACUGCAAAACAACUUUGGGAGACACUUAUAAAAGACUUGGGUUUGGAGGGAAAGGUGACUGGCCAACAGGCAUCAAAGAAGUGGGAUAAUUUAAAGAAGAAAUACAAGGACCUAAAAACACCAAAAACUGGCUCUGGAACAGAUGCUGGAGAGGUAACUGCUUCUUCGUGGCAGUAUUUUGAAGAAAUGCAUGAGGUGUUGGGUUCCAGGCCUUCUAUAGAUCCUCCUGUGGUGGUUUCUUCAUUCACUGAUGAGAAACCCAUAACACUCACCAUGGAAAGUGUUGACUUCAGUGAAAUUCCUGCUCUCAGCACCACUGGACCAUUGCCAAAUUCAUCAGAAGAGACAGCCUCUAGCACAGCUUCCUCCAUGGUGGUAGCAAGCCCCCCAACUCCAUCUCCCAAAAAAAGAAAAAGUAAUCCAAUUUUAGAUUUUUUAACUGAAGAGUCCAUCAAGGAACAGAAACGCCACGAAGGGAGUGAGGCCACCCUUACAGAAAAAGCACAUGACUCAAACUCACCCUUUGACCCCAAGGGUAAGCUAUAA